AACCAGUUAUAAUUUAACCAAAAGCCUGUUGCUUUCUAACUCGCAUUAUGUACUGCUGCCCGUAUACCCCACCCAGACAGGUAUCGAUCAGGUGUCUGAAACCCACGAAAGCUUGGGACGGCCAUGAAGUGGGGCUCGAUUCCAGUCGUGGCGAUCGAGAACUCGGUGCUCAGUGGAAUGAUGUACCGCGCUGGUGAUUUGCAAUUGUGGGUGAUCGUGCGUAGAUGAGAUUUGGGCUGCGUUUCGAUUUCUCAGUAGGGUUUGUUUAUUGAUGCGUGGUUGAAUCGAGAGAAUCGAGUGAGGGGAGCGAGUGUGGGGUCUUGUUGUUGUUGUUGUUGAGAGAUUUGCAGGGGAGGUGGAGAAUUGGAGAGUUGGGCGGAAGGAGAUUUGUUUGCGGCUGAUGAAGCUGCGCCAUGCCAUGGUGUGCGCUAGCAACCAGAACCGCAGCAUGGAGGCGCACGCGUUGCUGCAACGGCAGGGGCUGGAUGUGAGCUCCUACGGGACGGGGUCACACGUGAAGCUGCCUGGCCCGUCGAUUCGAGAACCGAAUGUGUACGCCUUCGGCACGCCUUAUCGGAGUAUUCUGGAGGAUCUCACGAAUAAAAACCCUGAAUUAUAUAAGCGGAAUGGUCUACUGCAAAUGUUGAAACGUAAUGUAGGUGUGAAGGAAGCACCUCAGCGAUGGCAAGACAACGCAGCAGAUGGUGCUUUUGAUGUAGUCUUCACCUUUGAAGAACGAGUUUUUAAUAUGGUGAUUGAUGAUCUUGAAAAUAGGGAGGUGAGGUUACUGAACGUAGCGUUAAUAAUCAAUCUAGAUGUAAAAGACAAUCAUGAAGAGGCUGCUAUCGGCGGCAAACUUGCUCUUGAUCUGUGCCAAAAGCUUGAACUGGCAGACGCUUGGGAAGACGAAAUCGAUGAUAUUAUCUCUCGGUUCGAAAGACAACAUAGGAGAAGACUCAUUUACACAAUACGCUUUUACUAAAACCAUCAUCCCCGACCCUUAAAGAGUCUUACAAUGACUUUCAAUUUUUGGUAUAUCUCACAUAGUGCAAUUAUUGCUGCAUUCAUGUUCGGGGAGUUUGGAUUUUUGAGUCUGGCAAAUCGUUUUCUCAACCACGUCCAUCAGCCUCGAGUUUUCGGCUCCCCUUUAUUGUAGAGACUACAGCUGCGGUUGGAAUAUAUCAACCCAGAAAAAAACUACUCGCAAGGAGUCAGUCCUGUGUACGCUCAUGAAGUAAUGCACGGCUAAGAGAUCAAAUUUGGUAUCUCAUCCUCGGCGUAACGAUGUGAGCACAAAGAAGAGGUCCUCUUGACCGAGGUGUAAAUUUGCUCAUCAAUGAAAUAGGGCUAAGGUUUCUAUUUGGAGGCAGACUCAAGAUUGGCCUUACUAGGUACAAGGUCUUCACACGAGUGCCCUACACACGGUAGCAGUUUAUUACUACCUUCAGACUAUUUAUGAGUGGUUCUCUUUUGCCCAGCUGAACCAGUUUUUAUGCAGUUGACGUGUUGAUUGAGCAGAUAAAUAACUAUUUAUGGCCGGUUGUCCAGGGGUAGAGUAUGGCAAUGGUUUACAUACAA